GUAAACCUCUCUACGAGAGCAAACUACAGGCGCCCUGCCGGAGGGCGCCGCCAGGGGGCACUCACACACAGCUGCUUUGGCCACCACAGGCGCCCCGGGGCGCUCUCUUCCCUCCUCUCGCUCAUCCCAACUUCCGCCGGAAGCGGCCCUGUCAGUUGUUGUCUUCAGGUGUUUGGGCUUGUUGUACCGUAUACUCAGUGGGUUCGCGGCCGCCGGCCGAGUGAGGCUGGGUUCGAGGAGCUGGAGCGGGAAACUGGAGCUUAAAUUCUGGCGGUGAGAUGGACAUUCUGAAAUCAGAGAUCCUUCGGAAGCGGCAGCUGGUGGAGGACAGGAACCUGCUGGUGGAAAAUAAAAAAUAUUUCAAGCGUAGUGAGCUCGCCAAAAAAGAAGAGGAAGCAUAUUUUGAAAGAUGUGGGUACAAGAUACAGCCAAAAGAGGAGGACCAGAAACCAUUAACUUCAUCGAAUCCAGUGUUAGAACUUGAACUGGCAGAGGAAAAAUUACCUAUGACGCUUUCUAGGCAAGAGGUAAGUUUAUUUGUGAUUGGAUUGAGGAAUGAUCUGAAAGCAGCCUUGGACAAGAUUGAUCAGCAGUACCUCAAUGAAAUCGUCGGUGGUCAGGAGCCUGGAGAGGAAGACACACAGAAUGAUCUGAAAGUUCAUGAGGAAAAUACCACAAUUGAAGAGUUAGAGGCGCUGGGAGAGUCCUUAGGGAAAGGCGAUGAUCAUAAAGACAUGGACAUCAUCACCAAAUUCCUCAAGUUUCUUCUUGGCGUUUGGGCUAAAGAAUUGAAUGCCAGAGAAGAUUAUGUGAAACGCAGUGUGCAGGGUAAACUGAACAGUGCGACCCAGAAACAGACCGAGUCCUACCUCAGACCACUUUUCAGAAAGCUACGGAAAAGGAAUCUUCCUGCUGAUAUUAAAGAAUCAAUAACGGAUAUUAUUAAAUUCAUGUUGCAGAGAGAAUAUGUGAAGGCAAAUGAUGCUUAUCUUCAGAUGGCCAUUGGAAAUGCGCCUUGGCCCAUCGGUGUCACUAUGGUUGGUAUCCAUGCUAGAACUGGCAGAGAAAAGAUUUUUUCCAAGCAUGUUGCACAUGUUUUAAAUGACGAAACUCAGCGGAAAUAUAUUCAGGGAUUGAAGAGGUUAAUGACCAUUUGCCAGAAACACUUUCCUACAGACCCAUCCAAAUGUGUGGAGUACAAUGCACUGUGAGAUCUGUGCAUGGUGUGUUAAUAACAGUAAAAAACGUACAGAAGCAGGCUGUGGACUUCUGGAAUUACCAACAGGAAUGAGGAAAGAAGAAAACUGGAGUUUCCAAUCUGAGUUCUACUUGAUGUAACUCUUGAUUGGUUUUAAGAACUGUAUUGGCCUUCAUUUCAUAACUGACUGCAAGCUGAUUUUUCUUUCUUGCUUUCAUUUUAAUUAGUCCAAAAUUAAGUUUUAAAGACUUUUCCUCACAAUUUAAAUCUGUAGACAACAGAAGGGGGUUUAAAAUGACCUUUUUUUCAGUUGACCUGAAAGUUGUGGUUAGAUGAUUAAAAAGAAACAUUUGAGGAUGGACUUAAUUAUUUCAGUAAAAUACUAUAAUUUUCAUAUUGUCUUUUGUGUAAUAUUUAUAUAAAAUAUUUUUAUAUAUUUCAAAAACAUGGGACCAUUGAAUGAAACUUUAUAGUCCUUAAAUGUUGCUGAACUUUUGCUGUCUUGCAACAGAAUUUGAAUGUAAAUAUUA